AGCACACCCAGGCGACUGGACUGGCGUAAAUUUCCGCCUGUUUGCGUCGGCGCCCGGGGGGCUGCUUCGUGACGUCAGGGCUGAGCUGGAAGGCGCCCCCCUCCCGACUGCCCGCCCCUCCCGGCCCUGCGGCCCCCGCCCACCCUUUAAAAGAGCGGGGCCUGCGCCAACCGCGCCACACCGCGGGGACCCAGACGCACGCGGGUUUCCCGGAGCACCUCCAUCUCGCCUUCCUUCUGCACCUCGCCUCAUCGGUCCAGCCACCAUCCUGUUCUCCGCGCAGGUCCUGGCGAGCCGAGCCAUGCCGCCUGCCGUGCUUCUCAGCCUCCUGGGAGCCGCGGUGCUGGCCGCUGUCAGUUCCAUGCCAGUGGAGAACAGGAACCAUAAUGAAGAAAUGGUGACUCGCUGCAUCAUUGAGGUCCUCUCAAAUGCCCUGUCGAAGUCCAAUGCUCCACCUAUCACCUCUGAGUGCCGGCAAGUCCUGAAGAAGAGUGGAAAAGAGGUCAAAGACAAAGAGAAAAGUGAAAAUGAAAACACAAAGUUUGAAGUAAGAUUGUUAAGAGACCCAGUUGACGGUUUGGAAGCCCACAGGCCCUCCAGUAAAGAGGAAUCAGGAGCCCCAAGGGAGGAGGACACCCAAGGCCCAACAAAGCCAGACACAGAUAAAUGGGCAGAGGGAGGUGGGCACAGCCGAGAGCGAGCUGAUGAGCCCCAGGGGAGCCCCUAUCCCUCCAACAGUCAAGUCUCCCAAGAAGCAAAGACACACCAUUCUGAGAAGAGCGAGGGGGAGGACAGGGAGGAAGAAGGGGAGAAAGAACACUUUCAGAAAGGGGAGCUCAGAGAAGAGGGCAGUGAAGAAAAACACGGAGUAGAGCCAGGAGAGACACAAAAUGCUUUGCUCAACAAACGAAAUCAGGCCUCAGCUAAGAAAAAAGAGGAAUUAGUGACCAGAUCUGAUACACACUCUGCUGAGCACUCUGAAGAGAAGACACACAGCCGGGAGAAAAGUAGCCAGGAGAGUGGAGAGGAGACAAGGAGCCUGGAGAAACGCCCCCAAGAGUCUAAGAACCAACCCCAAAGCCAGGAAGAAUCUGAGGAAAGUGAGGAGGAUGCUGCCUCUGAGGUGGCCAAACGACGCUCAAGGCCCAGACACCACCAUGGGAGGAGCAGGCCCGACAGGUCCUCUCAGGAAGGGAAUCUUCCCUCAGAGGAAAGGGGGCAGCCUCUUGAGAAAUCUGAAGAGUCAAACCUAGGCAUGACCGGUUUAGGGGAAAAGAGGGACCACCAUUCCGCCCACUACAGGGCUUCAGAGGAAGAACCCGAAUAUGGGGAAGAUGUGCGGAGUUAUCCCGGUGUCCGGGCCCCUGAGGACCUGGAGGGGGAACGACACGGGGGCAGAGGAAGUGAGGAGUACAGGGCUCCAAGGCCUUUUAGUGAGGAGAAGCGGGAUGAGGAGGACAAGAGAAGCCGUCCCAGCUCAGAGCUUGACAGCGUGGCACAUGGUUAUAGUGAAGAAAGUGAGGAAGAGAGAGGUCUUGAGGGGGGAAAGAGACGCCAUCACAGAGGCAGGGGAGGGGAGCUGGGUGCCUAUUCCAUGUCUGACACUAGAGAAGAGAAAAGAUUCUUGGGCGAAGGACACCACCGUGUUCAAGAAAGCCAAAUGGACAAGGCCAGGAGGCAUCCACAAGGUGAGUGGAAAGAGCUGGACAGAAAUUACCUCAACUAUGGGGAGGAGGAAACCCCAGGCAAGUGGCGGCAGCAGGGAGACCUGCAAGGUGCUGUAGAAAUCAGGGAGGAAGCCAGGCUUCAAGACAAACAGUACGCCCCACAUCACACAACCGAAAAGAGGAAGAGAUUAGGGGAACUAUUCAACCCAUACUAUGACCCUCUCCAGUGGAAGAGCGGCCAUUUUGAGAGGAGAGACAACAUGGAUGACAAUUUUCUCGAGGGUGAAGAGGAAAAUGGACUGACCUUGAAUGAGAAGAAUUUCUUCCCAGAAUACAACUAUGACUGGUGGGAGAAAAAACCCUUCUCGGAGGAUGUGAAUUGGGGUUAUGAGAAAGGAAACCUCGCCAGGACCCCCAAGCUGGAUCUGAAAAGACAGUAUGACAGAAUAGCUGAACUUGACCAGCUCCUUCACUACAGGAAGAAGUCGGCUGAGUUUCCAGACUUCUAUGAUUCUGAGGAGCCUAUGAGCACACGCCACGAGGCAGAAGAUGAAAAGGACAGGGCUGACCAGAGAGUUCUGACAGAGGAAGAGGAGAAAGAACUCGAAAACUUGGCUGCAAUGGAUUUGGAACUGCAGAAGAUAGCCGAGAAGUUCAGCCAGAGGGGCUGAUGGUCAUUGGAGCCAUGGGUAGUUCCAAGAAGCAGUCUUCACGUGAUCUAUUUUCUACUUCACUGAAAGACACCAUGUAUUUACCCAAAGGCAGAAAGUAGAUUUUACUGUUCAUUAAAUGUUUGACAAAUUGGAAAUGUCUUUUAUUUUUGCCAGAAUGCUAUUGAAAAUAUGAAUAGCAUGACUUGUAGCAUAUUCUUUCUUGCAAAUAGACUUAUUAACAUGCUUGUGACAAUGACUGUGCAACUGUCUUUGAAAAAAAUGUCUGUCUCGGUUUGAAAUAAUAAAGGAUUCACCUGAGACCAAAA